AUGGCCUCGUCCAGCGACGGCCGCGAUGGCCCUGGACCGGCCCCGGCUGCUGCCUCUGCGACUCCGGCCGCGACCGUGGCCGCCGAUGACGCCCGCGCGCCGUCCCAGAACAUCGAAUCCGCGUCCGAGGGAGAGCUGCUCGCAGCCACGGCCGCCGCCACGCAGCAGGACCCUUCGUCAAGCUCUGCGCCUGCCCCGACCGCCGCGCCCGCCUCGAGCGAACCCACCUCCGGCGCGCCUGCCAUGACGACUGGCGAGACGGCGGUGACGCCUGCGGCGUCCGCAUCUGCUGCGGCGCCCGCGCCUGAUCCUGCCGCCGUUACAUCCCAGCCAUCGCUCGACCCGACCGCCGCCGCUGCUGCUGCUGCUCCUGCGCAACAGACAGCUGGCGUCGCGCAAACUCCAGAUCCGGCGCCCGUGCCAGCCCAACCCUCGACGCCUCCCUCCAACAAACCACAGCCCGUCACCCUGGACCGGCCGUCAACGCCUCGGGCGGCUGCCGUCGACAGGCCCAACCCCAGCGGAGGCGACAGUCACGUCGACGAGCCUAUGCCCGACGCCCCUGCGUCCACCCCAGCCAACGCGGGCAUCCAAAGCCAGGUUCAGAACCAAAUGCAGCCGAGUCAACAGCAACAUCAAAACGCCAACAUGCAGCCGAGAAACGACGACCAGUACCCGCCAUCAACCCCUUUCACUCCCGCGGCCAUGUCCAACAUCGAUCAACAGGCCUAUAUGAUGAUGGCCUUCAUGUCCGGGGCGCAGAGCGCCAUGUCGCCGCCUCCCACCGUGACGCCCGCCCAGGUCACGCUCCCCAACCCUAUGGACGGCGAGCUCAAUGGCUUCGCCGCGAACAACAACCUGCGGCAGGCAGCUGCCGAUAAGGGACUUGAGUCGUUUGCACGCAUCGAGUUCGCCGACAGCGUGUUCCAGAUGACCACCUACGCCGUUAUCAUCGGCAGAGAUCAACGGGCCCUCGAGCAGGCCCGCCGCGACGAGAGACGCGCCGAGGAGCACAAGCGGAGGAUAGAGGAAAACGCCAGCAAGGGCCUUCCGCCGCCCUCCCCGAUUCAUCAGGACCGUAGCAAGUUUAGCAAAUCCUACGUCAGUGAGGAGGGUGGCAUGCUGGGUCCCGAAUCCGAUAGCGAAGAAAACGGCCGACCCGCCAAGCGCCGCAAGACCAGCACCACGGGGUCCUCGCAAAAGGACAACGACGAGUCCCAGGAGAACAUGAUUUCCAACCGCCAGUACGUCUCGCACACACCGGGCGCCGCGGCUGUCGACCUCACCUCCCUCCGGCCCUCUCCGUGGCAUGUGCCGUUUAUCGGAAUCCACUCCCCUGGCCCAGAUAUCGCGAGCAAGACAAAGGCCAUCUCUCGGGAGCAUCUAAGGAUCGCCUACAACCAGAAGGAGGGGGUCUUCGAGGCCAUUCCACUCCACAAGAACGGUUUCUUUCGCGAUGACAUUCAUUAUAAAAGCGACAAGGUCGUCCUGCAUUGCGGUGACCGGUUGCAGAUUAAGGACGUCGACUUUCGCUUUAUGAUCAACGGCGUCGAGAGAGGAUGUACAGGUGCCGAGGAGUACAAGGAAGAGGAGCCUGCCAAGAAGCGAAAGACUCACGGCGGCAAGGAGAUGAGCUUCGACUUUGAGCAGUCGCACGGCAAUGGCGAAAUCCAGGACACCAGCGACGAACUUUCGGACGUCGAAGUCAGUCCCCCGGAGCUGUCUGAUUUCGGCGAAGAUGCCGAAGGCGACGAGGCCGAAGAACCGACCGCAGAAGUUGAAGAAGCCGCAGAGGAGCCCACACCAGAGAUGAAACCGGAGCCUGUGCCCGUGCCCGAGGAGCCGGUAAUACCACAGAUACCCAAGAAGAGAGGGCCGGGCCGGCCGCCUAAGAACGGUGUCAUGUCGAAACGCGAGCAACGCUUGCUCAAGAAGCAGCAGCAGGAGAUGGCGAAGAAGACGUUGCCACAGGCUCCACCGGUCGAGCCGCCGGUCAAGCGCAAGGUCGGCAGGCCGAGGAAGCAUCCGCUGCCGGAGAACGCGGGAGACAGACCGGAGAAGCGCAAGUACAAACCGCGGAAGCCAAAGACGGAAGACGGCGCCGAAGGAUCCGACGCAGAGAGACGCGCAAGGGAGAAGAAGGAGAAGAAGGUCCGCCCCAAGUCCCCGCCCUUGGAGCUCAAGAUCGAGGACUACACGGAGGAGCAGCUGCAGAAGCCAAACAAGAACUACGGCGUCUUGAUCGACGAGACCCUUACGGCAGCAGGCCCCGAUGGCCUCACGCUCAAGCAGAUCUACAAGCGCAUCUGCCAACGGUACCCUUGGUUUUACUUUCACACAGAAACAAAGGGUUGGGAGAGCAGCGUUCGCCACAAUCUGAUUGGCAACGAGGCAUUCAAGAAGGACGAGACCACCAACUUGUGGUCUCGUGUUCCCGGCGUCGAGCUCGAUGCCGGGAAGAAACGCAAAGCUACCUCUCCCGACCGAGCGCUGGCAGCGCAGGGGUACGGCCCGUACUCGUAUCCCUUCAACGCCGCCCAGCAUCUACCACCUGGCGCGCCCGGCUUCCCUCCAGGCCAAGCGCCGCAUGGAUACCAAAUGCCACAGUUCGCGGGACAACCUGGCCAGCCCGGACAGCCGCCCCGGCCGAUGCAGCCAUAUGGCAAUUCGGCCUCGCCGCCUACCGGUCCUCCUCCCGUGGCAGCCGCGCAACCGCCACCUCCAGCACAUGUUCCUGGAUACGGACCGCCUCCCGCUCCUGCCCGGCCUCAGCUUGGCGGACCACAACCUGGGACGUACAGCUCCCCCUACGCGUCCCGGCCGCCGCCGCCGGCGACGGCCCCUGUCAAGACGGAGGACGGUGCGGUCCCCGCGCCCGCCCCAGUGGCGGCCCAGCCGCCCGCCGCGGCGCCAGCUCCUGUCUCAGUUGCCCCCGCCGCUGCCGGGGCAAGACCCGUCGCCGGGCCAGCACCGACGUCGCAGCCAGCAGCAGCCUCGGGGUCCCGGCCCUCGGCGACCUCGGCAACACCGCCUGCCAACGCGCCACCCAGACCAGUCAUUGAUCCUCGCCUCCUGACCGCUGUGGUUGGUCUCAAGACCGGUUUGGUGGAGAACCUCAAGAAGGCUCGGAACCCGAAGGCUGAGGCCAUCGUCAUGUCAGCUCUCAACCGAUGCAUCGGGCUUAAAACCGCAGCUACGGAAAACGACAAGAUGGAAGCCAUCUGUAUUAAAGGCAUCCGGCAGGUCAUCGAGGGCUUCACCAAGAAGAAUAGUCCGACUCCGGGAGGCACCACGACGCAACCGGAUAUUCCUCCCAUCUUCGAGGCCAAGGUGUUUCAAUCACUUACGGGCUUCAAAGAUGUGUCUGUGAAGGCACUGUCGGCGCGCCUCGGUGAUGCCCGUGCGGAAGCCGUGACGCUUUCGUCCAUCGACCGAGUCCUGGGCCUUGCAGACGCAACCAUUGUUGCGCCGCCGGCGGAGGGCGAGCAGGGAGGCAAUUUUGAGGGCGUUGAGCAGCACCUGAUGAAGUCUUUGCGGCAGCUUCUGCGAGGCAUGAACCAGCAGCUGCAGGAACCCAAAUAA